AUGAUGAACAUCAACCUUAUCAAGCGCAGCGAGGAUGGCAGCCUCAGCUCUACCCACCUCGCCCUGCUCGUUACCCUCAUGAUGCUCGUUCUCCUCGGUAUGCUCUGCAUAGGAGGCCUCAUGUUCCUCCGCAGCGUCCGCAGAGGCAGGAAACAAGCCCAAGCCGACCCAGAACUCCCCGUCUACGAGAAGCGCCAAUCAAAUGUCAACCGCCUGACUAUCACUGCGAUGCCGUACAAGGGCCGGGAAUCCGUCAUCACCUACUCCGAAAAGCAGAACCUCAUGGAUAGCCCUACCAGCCCGGUACCCGAGAUCCGCAUCACCUUCCCCGACGAGGUCGACGAGUCCGGCAAGCAACAAUCGGGUCGCGUUGUCGUCGUUCGCGUUGGAGACCACAGUGUCGGACUAGAGCCUGUACAAGAGGACCUCCCAGCCUACCAGCGCGACGCAUCAGACCGCUUCGACUCCCUCGACCUGGAUCGCAUGGGCGGACUGAAGGAGAAGGACGACAAAUACUACUCAUGA